UUCAGCUUGCCACAGUCAAACAAAACAGUCAGUGACUCCUCCCCAAGUGCAGAGCUUAAUUCCUGGUUUGGCCGAAAGGAUUCAGAGAGGGAUAAGAAGCCCCUCUGGCCUUCAGAUAAAAGACCUACUCACAAUCAAAAAAAUGUCUCUGCAGAUGGUAACAGUGGGUCAUAACAUAGCCUUAAUUCAACCAGGCUUUUCAUUAAUGAAUUUUGAUGGUCAAGUUUUCUUCUUUGGCCAAAAAGGCUGGCCGAAGAGAUCCUGCCCUACUGGAGUCUUUCAUUUUGAUAUAAAACAAAAUCAUCUCAAACUGAAGCCUGCAAUUUUCUCUAAAGAUUCCUGCUACCUCCCACCUCUUCGUUACCCAGCUACUUGCUCAUACAAAGGUAGCAUAGACUCUGACAAGCAUCAAUAUAUCAUUCACGGAGGGAAAACACCAAACAAUGAGCUUUCCGAUAAGAUUUAUAUCAUGUCUGUUGCUUGCAAGAAUAACAAAAAAGUUACUUUCCGUUGUACAGAAAAAGACUUAGUAGGAGAUGUCCCUGAAGCCAGAUACGGCCAUUCUAUUGACGUAGUAUAUAGUCGAGGAAAAAGUAUGGGUGUUCUCUUUGGAGGACGAUCAUAUAUGCCUUCUUCCCAGAGAACCACAGAAAAAUGGAAUAGUGUAACCGACUGCCUACCCCAUGUUUUCUUGGUAGAUUUUGAAUUUGGGUGUGCUACAUCAUAUAUUCUCCCAGAACUUCAGGAUGGGCUGUCUUUUCAUGUUUCUAUUGCCAGAAAUGAUACCAUUUAUAUUUUGGGAGGACACUCACUCGCCAGUAACAUACGCCCUGCCAACUUGUAUAGAAUAAGAGUAGAUCUUCCCCUGGGUACCCCAGCAGUGAAUUGCACAGUCUUGCCAGGAGGAAUCUCUGUCUCCAGUGCAAUCCUCACUCAAACAAAUAAUGAUGAAUUUGUUAUUGUUGGUGGUUAUCAGCUGGAAAAUCAAAAAAGGAUGGUCUGCAGCAUCGUCUCUCUAGGAGACAACAAGAUUGAAAUUAGUGAGAUGGAGACCCCAGACUGGACCCCAGAUAUUAAACAUAGCAAAAUAUGGUUUGGAAGCAACAUGGGAAAUGGGACUGUUUUCCUUGGCAUACCAGGAGACAAUAAGCAAGCUAUGUCGGAAGCAUUCUAUUUUUAUAUGUUGAGAUGCUCUGAAGACGAUGUGAAUGAAGAGCAGAAACUUGUCUCAAACAGUCAGACAUCAACAGAAGACCCUGGGGACUCCACUCCCUUUGAAGACUCAGAAGAAUUUUGUUUCAGUGCUGAAGCAACCAGUUUUGAUGGUGAUGAUGAAUUUGACACCUACAAUGAAGAUGAUGAAGAUGAUGAGUCUGUAACUGGCUACUGGAUAACAUGUUGCCCCACUUGUGAUGUGGACAUCAAUACCUGGGUUCCAUUCUAUUCAACUGAACUCAAUAAACCUGCCAUGAUCUAUUGUUCUCAUGGGGAUGGGCACUGGGUGCAUGCCCAGUGCAUGGAUUUGGAAGAACGCACACUCAUCCAGUUGUCAGAAGGAAGCAACAAGUAUUAUUGCAAUGAGCAUGUACAGAUAGCAAUAGCAUUACAAACUCCCAAAAGAAGCCUCCCCUUACAAAAACCUCCAAUGAAAUCCCUCCACAAAAAAGGCUCUGGGAAAGUCUUGACUCCUGCCAAGAAAUCCUUUCUUAGAAGGUUGUUUGAUUAGUUUAGCAAAAGCCCCUCAGAUUCAGAUGCAUUGAUUUCUAAAUCUACUUUUUAAAUCAUAAAUGGUAUUUUGAUUUUUGCUUAUUAAAAUCUCUGUUAUGUUUUAGUUGCAUGAAUUAAGUGCUAAUAUUUUGAUGUGAUGUUAAGUAUAAUUAUUCUAAUGUGUGUUUUUUAACAUUUUAUUCAGGAAUUUCUUAAAUGAGAAAUAUUAUAUAGUUUUUUCAUUAAGGAUAGCAGUGAUCAAGUACAGAACUCUUGCAUUAUUUUGUAACAAUCUAUAUGUUGAAUAGUAACUAAAUACCAAUAAAUAAACUAAUACACAAAAAAAUUAAGUUGUUUUGUGUAAUAAGUGGCCGAUAGUUGGUUUAAACAGUUAAACCUACAGCUGUAUCCCACACUACUACUGUUUAUAAAUUUUUAAAGUGGCCUCUUGGAUUAUACCAAUGAACAGAAUUGUAUAUAUUGGUCAAUACCAUGAAGAAAAAAACUAAUCUAUAUCAAGCCAGGCAUGGUGAUGGUGAUACAUGCCUGUAAUCCUGGCACUUGGGAAGUGGAGGAAGGGAAUUUGUGAGUUCGAUGCUUGUUGAGGUAUCGUCUUUUGCUAUGUAUUGUAAUGCUAAGUGUGAGCUCCAAGAUCUGCUUGAC